AUGGCUUUUCCGUCAGAGCGUCUUUCGUGUCUCGCGCGGCUGCUCGUCUUCUACCUCCUCCUCGUCUAUUCCUCCCCUGCCGCAUGUUUCUCUGAUUCUGCGGCCUUUCGAGCAGAUGCCCGUACGUUUCAAGGGUCGGUGGAGGAGCUAAUCCGCCCCAGUGCGCGAGGGAGCGGCGGAUCUGCGAGCAGCGGAUGGACAUCGGAGCUCGCACUCUUACGAGGGCAGCCCUCGGAGGUAAGGCCCUCGGCGCUUUGGAGCGAUGAACUCGUUGAGGCAGAUGCGCCCGCUCCAACCCCGUACCCCGUGCCAUCCUCGCCGCCGCCCCCCCCACCACCUUCGCCAUCACCACCUCCUCCGCCCAUCCCCCCUCCUCCGUCGCCACCCCCCCCUCCGCCGUCGCCGUCUCCCCCUCCCCCACCGUCGCCGCCGCCUCCGCCGUCUCCCCCACCGUCUCCGCCUCCUUCUCCGCCUCCGUCUCCUCCGCCGUCUCCCCCACCGCCAUCUCCGCCGCCACCAUCGCCUCCCAGUCCUCCAAACCCUCCACCGCCCCCUUCUCCCUCUCCCCCCUCUUCCCCGCCGCCACCGCCAUCCCCGCGUCCUCCAUCCCCCCCACCAAGCCCCCCUUCACCUCCGCCCCCCUCUCCGCCCCCCUCUCCUCCGCCCUCUCCUCCCCCCCCCUCUCCUCCACCCCCCUCUCCGCCCCCCUCUCCUCCGCCCUCUCCUCCCCCCCCCUCUCCUCCACCCCCCUCUCCACCCCCUUCUCCCCCCCCCUCUCCUCCGCCUGCCCCUGCCCGUCUGAACGAUUUGAUCGUGGGAGUGGAGGGAACGCCGCGGGAGCUGCUGGCGCCUCGAUUCUCUCGUGACGUGACGACCUACAACGUGACUGUACCUUCACGGAGUGUGACUCUAACGCCCGUACUGUGCGGGGAGGAGCAGUGCAAGGCGCUGAAAGUGCGUGUGAAUGGGGAUGUAGUGGCGAACAACACAGCCAGCCCGCAGCUAGAGUGGCACGACAUCAAGGAGGGUGCUGCUGUGGCGCGUGCGGAUGCUGAAGUCGUGGUGGAGGGUCAUGGCUACUCGCCCACCACUUACCAUGUGCAUGUGCUGCUGGUUCCCUCCCAUGCCACUUUUUGGUGGUGGGCUGUGAUCAUCCUCAUUGUGCUCAUCUCUCUAGCUAUGACGCUGCUCUUCGUGCUCAUCACGCCAGAGGCAAACAGGCCCGCCUGGAUGCAGAGUAGCAUCCACUGGCUACAGCAGCAUAUGCGUGGUGGCUAUGCUCCGCUUCCCUCUGCUUAG